UUAAAUGGGAAACUUUAGUACGACAAUAGCUUAUUUAAAGAGAGAGAAAGAGGGAAAGCUUCUUCGCCCCCACCUCUGGUUGAAGGUGGCGCUUCACCAAGAACCUGUGGCGGUGAAGUGUGCACCCUCUGAAGAUUAAAUAAAGAGAGAAGAUGGGUCAAGGACUGAGUUGUGCUACCAGUAAUGAACAUGAACUUUUCACUGCCGUUCAGUAUGGUGAUAUUGAUAUGGUUAAUGAUUUGUUAGAGAAAGACCCCAAUCUCAUACACCAUACUACCCUUUAUGAUCGCCACUCAGUUCUUCAUGUUGCGGCUGCUAAUGGCCAGAUCGAGAUUUUAGAUUUGGCCUUGAAUCGAUCUGUGAAGCCAGAUGUGUUGAAUCGUUACAAGCAGACUCCGCUUAUGUUGGCUGCAAUGCAUGGGAAGAUCUGCUGUGUGAAAAGGCUUCUUCGAGCUGAUGCAAAUAUAUUGAUGUUUGAUUCCAUCUUUGGAAGAACCUGCUUGCACUAUGCUGCUUAUUAUGGCCGUGCCGAUUGCCUUCAAGCCAUUCUGGCUGCUGCUGAAUCUAGCCCUAUUGCUGUAUCUUGGGGCUAUGCAAGGUUUGUUAACAUUAGAGAUGGCAGGGGAGCGACACCAUUGCACUUGGCCUCACGCCAAAAACGGCCGGAGUGUGUUCAUAUUUUGCUAAACUGUGGUGCUCUUGUUUGUGCUUCAACUGGUGGAUAUGGUUUCCCAGGAAGCACUCCUCUUCAUUUGGCAGCUAGAGGGGGAUCUAUAGAUUGCGUGCGUGCACUGCUGGCGUGGGGUGCAGAUCGUGUUCAAAGAGAUGCAUCUGGGAGGAUACCUUAUGUAGUUGCAUUAAGGCAUAAACAUAGAGCUUGUGCUGCCUUGUUGGAUCCUGCAUCAGCAGAGCCUCUUGUAUGGCCAUCACCCCUUAAAUUCAUCAGUGAGCUUGAUAAAGAGGCAAAAGCUCUGCUAGAACAGGCCCUGAUGGAGGCAAACAGGGUGAGAGAGAAAAGUAUCUUCAAGGAUAGUGCAUACUUACUUCCUUCCUCAUCAGAUUCUGACACAGGAACAGAUGACAAUACUUCUGAGGCCAGUGAUACAGAGCUCUGCUGCAUAUGCUUUGAGCAAAUAUGUACUAUUGAAGUUGAAGAUUGCGGCCACCAGAUGUGUGCACGAUGUACACUAGCCCUCUGCUGCCAUAACAAGCCAAACCCUACAACUGCUUGCCUAACACCUCCAGUUUGCCCCUUUUGCCGAAGCUCCAUUGCUCGUCUGGUGGUUGCAAAAGUCAAGGAUCAGGAUGAUGCUGAUCAUGACAAUGAGGACGUUGGUUCAGCAAAACAGAGAAAGUCUAGGUGGUCUGGCAACUUCAGUGAGGGAAGCAGUAGCUUCAAAGGACUAACUGCAGUGGGAUCCUUUGGCAAGACGGGUGGCCGGAGCUCUGGUAGAAUUGCUGCUGAUAAUGAGUGGGUUGACAAGCCUUGAUACUUCAACGCAUUUGGUAAUCAAAGAUUCCAUUUGGUGAUCGAGAAUCCUCCUAAUUGUUAUCAGAAAAAAGGGAAAUGACAAAUCAAGGAAAGGAAACCCCUUUUGCCGGUGGCCCCAGUUGGUAAAUGUAGAUAGUGGUCCAUUUGGUAUGUAGAUCUGGGAAACAAGUGAAGUAAGUGAGUUGCAGGUUUGGGUUGGUUAGUUUGGUAAUGGUUGCUUGGGUCAUAUCGUUUUAGUCUUUGAGAUUGAAGGAGCUUUUGGUUAUUAUGAGAGUAUGUUAGAUACCUAAGUCCUAAGUUGGUUAAAAGAAGGGGAGGAAAUAAUUCUUUAUCUACGCUAAAGGGAAAUUCAACAUUCUUCAAUGGCUGCUUCUAAAUCUUUGUAUUAUUAAAACCCCCUUUAAGUCAAGGAUAUGAAUAGGUAAUAUUGGGUUUGAAUUCAGACCCCACAAAGCUUUAAUCUUCUUUUCUUACUAAUGGGUGGAGGAGAGAAAUGUCAUUCAUCAUUUAAUAAUAUUAUUUCUUUAUAAA